GCUCAUUUCAGUUCCGCCUUUCUCCAGGGUUGAAUAAACUGACGGCUGAACAAACGCCAUGUAUCGCUCUUUGAGAAACGUCCAGCGGUUUAACUGCAGCCUCCAAGCGCUGCAGAGGAAUUUAGCCAAAACAAAGCACAAUACUGCCGCAGGUGUAAGCUUGUCAUUAUUCAGAAUGUCUUCAGAGUACAGAAUUGAGGCAGACACCUUUGGAGAGCUGAGGGUACCAGCUGACAAGUAUUAUGGAGCUCAGACUGUAAGGUCCACGAUGAACUUCAAGAUUGGCGGACCAUCUGAAAGAAUGCCAAUCCAGGUGAUCAAAGCAUUUGGCAUUCUGAAGAGGGCCGCUGCGGAGGUGAACAAGGACUACGGACUGGACCCCAGGCUGGCAGAUGCCAUCAUUCAGGCUGCGGACGAGGUGGCGGCAGGCAAGCUGGACGACCACUUCCCCCUGGUGGUUUGGCAGACGGGGUCAGGAACUCAGUCCAACAUGAACGUCAACGAGGUGAUCAGCAACCGGGCCAUCGAGAUCCUGGGAGGGAAGCUGGGGAGCAAGGACCCUGUCCACCCCAAUGACCAUGUCAACAAAAGCCAGAGCUCCAACGACACGUUCCCCACUGCCAUGCACAUUGCAGCCGCCAAAGAGGUCCAUGAGGUUCUGCUCCCAGGACUACAACACCUCCACGAUGCACUGCAGGCCAAGGCUGUGGAGUUUAAAGACAUCAUCAAGAUCGGACGCACACACACCCAGGAUGCCGUGCCGUUAUCUCUGGGACAGGAAUUCAGCGGGUAUGUGCAGCAGGUGAAGUACAGCAUGGAGCGGGUGAGGUCGGCCAUGCCCCGGGUGUAUGAGCUGGCAGCUGGCGGUACUGCCGUGGGGACUGGACUCAACACACGCAUCGGCUUUGCCGAGAAAGUAGCCGCCACUGUGGCCUCUCUCACUGGUCUGCCCUUUGUGACGGCUCCUAACAAGUUUGAAGCCCUGGCAGCCCACGAUGCCCUGGUGGAACUGAGCGGGGCUCUGAACACUGUGGCCGUCAGCAUGAUGAAGAUUGCCAACGAUAUCCGCUUCCUGGGUUCCGGGCCCCGCUCCGGCCUGGGGGAGCUCUGCCUCCCUGAGAACGAGCCUGGUAGCAGCAUAAUGCCUGGGAAAGUGAACCCCACCCAGUGUGAGGCGAUGACCAUGGUUGCAGCUCAGGUUAUGGGAAACAAUGUGGCUGUGACCAUCGGGGGCAGCAAUGGACACUUUGAGCUCAAUGUCUUUAAGCCAAUGAUGAUAAAGAAUGUGUUGAACUCGGCCAGGCUGCUUGGGGAUGCCUCGGUCUCUUUCACUGAUAACUGCGUGGUGGGUAUUGAAGCCAACAUUGAUAGGAUCAACAAACUGAUGAACGAGUCUUUGAUGCUGGUCACCGCCCUCAAUCCACAUAUAGGUUAUGACAAAGCUGCAAAGAUUGCCAAGACCGCUCACAAAGAGGGUGGCAACCUCAAGGAAACUGCCAUCAAGCUGGGAUACCUCACAGCUGAAGAGUUUGAUGCGUGGGUCAAGCCGCAUGAGAUGCUGGGACCCAAGUAAAAAACUCCACAUGCUGAAGAACAUCUAUGGUUUAUGUGUCUUAUGUCUUUGUACAAAAUAAAAUAAGUUUUAUUGAAGCAUG